AGGGUGCUGCUUAAACUUUUAGAGCGCCGAACAUGCAGCAAGUGGAUCUGUCGCCAUCAUCAAACCAUCAAACCGCGACAGGGGACCGCGCCAUCAGCUGGACGACAGACCUCGCCAAUCUGCGCCGUUGACCCCGUCAUUUUGCAUAAGAGAUCCUCGAAAUGCUCUCUGCCAUGGCAGCACCACAGGGGGCCGCCAAUGGCGCCGACGUCACGCGGCUCGAGGCCCUGAUCCGCAGCAACGCGCGCAAGACGAAAGCCAUCUACACCAGCACAGCCCCGGAUUCGGCCGCCAGGAAGCGGAUAAAGCUCGACCCUGGCCUGGCUUCCGAAGAACCCGACAUCACCAAGACGGCCCUUUCCCUCCGCCUGCACGCCGAAUACAGCGAUGUUCAGACCCUUCCCGAAGCGAUCGCCAAGAAGCUCUCCGCGGCCGGUCCGCGCAAGAAGAAGGCCAACGCCGAGGAAGCGCCAUCCGAGUCGGAAGAGCACGCACGCAAGUUGAUAGAAGGCAUACCCGCGAGCAAGACCGCCGGCGCAGCAGCCGGCGCCAACUCGAGCGCCCUCGUCCUCUCUCGGAACCGGCCCGCCGGCUCGACCGCUGCUGGAGGGAGACCGCAGGCGCGCAACGAGCCGCAGAACAUGAGCCUCGCGCGGCGGCCCGACAGCCUCCUGGCGCAGCCGCGGCCCGACUGGCACCCGCCGUGGAAGCUGCAGCGCGUCAUCAGCGGGCACCUGGGCUGGGUGCGCGCGCUCGCCGUCGAGCCGAACAACCAGUGGUUUGCGUCGGGCGCGGGCGACCGCACCAUCAAGAUCUGGGAUUUGGCGUCGGGCCAGCUGCGUCUGACGCUGACGGGGCAUAUCUCGACCGUGCGGGGGCUGGCUGUGUCGCCGAGGCAUCCCUACAUGUUCUCUUGCGGCGAAGACAAAAUGGUCAAGUGCUGGGAUCUGGAGACAAACAAGGUGAUCCGGCACUACCACGGCCAUCUCUCUGGCGUGUACACGCUCAAGCUGCACCCCACCCUCGACGUGCUCGUCACCGGCGGCCGCGAUGGCGUCGCGCGGGUGUGGGACAUGCGCACCCGGAGCAACGUGCACGUGCUGUCGGGCCACACCGGCACCGUCGCGGAUCUCGUCUGCCAGGAGGCCGAUCCCCAGGUCAUCACCGGCAGCCUGGACUCGACCGUGCGCAUGUGGGACCUGGCGGCGGGCAAGACGAUGGGGGUGCUGACGCACCACAAGAAGGGCGUGCGCGCGCUGGUCACGCACCCGACCGAGUUCACCUUCGCGACGGGCAGCACGGGCAGCAUCAAGCAGUGGAAGUGCCCCGAGGGCGCCUUCAUGCAGAACUUCGAGGGGCACAACGCCAUCAUCAACACGCUCGCCGUGAACGACCAGAACGUCUUCUUCUCGGGCGGCGACAACGGCUCCAUGAGCUUCUGGGACUGGAAGUCCGGAUAUCGGUUCCAGGCUCUGGACACGACGGCGCAACCCGGCUCGCUUGAUGCCGAGGCCGGUAUCAUGAGCUCCAUUUUUGACAUGUCGGGCGCGAGGUUAAUAUGCGGCGAGGCAGACAAGACGAUCAAAGUCUGGAAGGAAGAUCCGAAUGCAACGCCGGAAUCACAUCCGAUCGAAUGGAAGCCGACGUUGUCGAGGAGGAAAUACUAGGAGAGUGGAGGGGCUGUCAGGCUGUCAACCUGGAUUUCUUUCUACAUUAUCGCACUUCGGUACCGGAUAACGAGCACGUCACAAGACU